GUUCGCAGCUCGGAUAUCUCUUCCCCCUACUGCAACGCUCACACCCUCGUCGACAUGCGAAGCUUGUCUUUAAUCAUGUGUGAUAGCACAGAUACGUUCAUCCCCCUCUAUGCCACACCAACCGGCGGGUUCUCUGCCUCGACUACCAAGAGAUCAACCUCGUCGUCCACAACCUCGUCCACAACAUUCAGCUCAUCAACAUCGACGGACUCAAAAUCUCAAAUUCCGGCCACCACAACCUCCAUACCAACCGCAACCGCCACCGCAGCGGCCUCCGAGUCUAAUCCCAUCAGCACAGGCGCGAUAGUAGGCGGCGUAGUCAGCGGGGUAGCGAUUCUAGCCGGGUUGGUGGCGUUCAUCGCAUGGCUGUAAAUGCGUCGGAAGCGCGGAGAUUCCCAUGGAGCAGGAACACCGCAAGCUCACAUGCAAGAACAACACCACCAGCACCAGGGGCCGCCGCCGCCACCGCCGCAACAGUUCAACAACAACACCAGCCCGCAGCAGCAGCCAGCGGCCCAGUACCAACACAACGGCCAACACAACGGCCAACACAACCCGGGCCACGUGUCCAUUGGAAGCUGGAGCCAGGUGACGCCCGUCGACCAAACCGAAUCGUCGCCCAGAUCACCCAACGGGGUCAUCAGCGUUCAAGCUUCAGGCGGCGACCGUGACAAAGAGGUUGUAGGCAUGGGCCUAGGCGCGGUGAGGGUGCAUGUGGCGCCCGUGGAUGUGGACGAGCAAGCUGCUCAGCACAUGCAGCAGCAAGGGCAGCAGCCUCAUGCUACAGGUGGAGGCGGAGGGCAGACGCAGGAGCUGCCGCUGCCGCAUUAUAUGCCGGGCCUGUAUCUCUCUGAGCUGCCGCAGCCACAGCCAGCUAAUUAGCGAAAGGGGUGAUGGAUCUCUUAAUCUUGGACGGAAGAGGUUGAUUUGCCUUGGUGACUAUAAGGAGACCGUCACAGGGCAUUGGAGGCUCCAAGCCCCUUAGUGCAACUCCAUUGAAGAUUGAGAUACCUUAAGUAUCAGUGCCUUGGUUACCUAGACUGUCACUGU